UUACCCCAUUCACUAAAUGCCCUUUUGUGUACCCGCUUUUUCCCUCUCUUCCUCCCUUCCUCUCUCUCUCUACCCCCCACCUUUUGUUAGAACUGUGCUUUUUUGCAGAUCUCUCUGUCUCCUUCUGCAACAAAAUAGGGUUUCUUUCCCUUCAUCCUCAUUGAACUCUCACAAUCACGUCCUCUCUGCCACAAUUGAUUCAAGGAAUAUAUAAAAUUCCAACCCCGCAUGUUUCAAUGGUCCUGUGACAUAUUCUCGUUCGUCCUCGGAAGGAUAAAUAGCAGAUCCUGAAAGAGCUCACUCAGAGAGAGUGAGAUAGAGAGAGCCAAAAAAGAAAAAAGGUAAUGGUUUUUACGUUCCUUUUCCUUUUCAUUCUUGACCAUGAAAAAAACCCUAGCGAUGGAACAGGUAAGCAAAGCGUCUGGUGACACUAUUAUACAUGGCUUCAUCAUCUGGUUACUCCAGCUCUCCGUGUGCUGCUUGCAAGUUCUUGAGGAGAAAGUGCCUGCCUGAUUGCAUCUUCGCGCCCUACUUCCCUCCUGAGGAGCCCCAGAAGUUCGCCAACGUCCACAAGAUAUUUGGGGCUAGCAACGUGAGCAAGCUCCUCAAUGAGGUCCUUCCCCACCAGAGAGAGGACACCGUCAAUUCACUCGCCUACGAGGCCGAGGCAAGGCUCAAAGAUCCGGUGUACGGGUGCGUGGGAGCUAUAUCAGUGCUUCAAAGGCAGGUCAUCAGGCUCCAAAAGGAGUUGGACGCGACGAACGCUGAUCUCAUCCAGUACACCUGUCGCGAGAUGCCAAGCACGGUGUCUAGGCCUGUGCAUUAUCGGAGGAAGAAUAAUAACAACAUGGUUCAAGUUUAUGGAGACGGUGGUUUCGAUCAGAACUGUGGAGGGUAUUAUCAUCCUAAUGCUUGGAGUAAUGUCCAUGAUGGAGAUGGCCAAGAGGGAGAUGAUGGAGGUAUGUGACACAACUUGUGCAUAGGAACGGAGAUCCAUUGGUGUUUUUAGCCAGGUUUUCCAUGGGAUUAGAUAAGAUCAGGAUCAGCUAUGGUAUAAGUGAUAAUCAUGUGCUAUUUUGUCAUGAAUCAUAUGUAUGACAUCUCCUCCAUGUCCAAAUGGGGACUUAGGACUCUCUUCCUGUUGCUAGAUUGGAUGAAGCUAGUAAUGGUUCCAUGCACUAAUUAAAAUGUCUUUCUAAAAGCCAUGUACCUCCAACUUUAUGAAGACGUAAAUUCCAUAUGGUUCCAAUUAGAAAGCAUAAAGAUUAAGAGACUGGAGUUAAUUCUGUUC